AAUGAAUGAACACAUCAUGUGUUUUUAAUUACCAUACAUAAUAUGUCGGUAUAUUAUUGGACGCACUUUACCCCAACUAUGCAUAUAAAUUAAAUUCUUUUCUAAUAGCCGUAAUUUAAACUCCAAACACCAUUGUUUUUGUAAAAUUAACCUUUUAUGAGAGACAGAAUUUGAAGUCCCGCGCCAACUUCUAUCUAUGAGUAUCCAUCAAGCACGUUCAAAUGCAAACAUAUCAACCCUUCUCAAAGCUUGCAAGAGAAUCCAACAUCUUCAACAAGUUCAUGCUUCCAUUAUUCAUAAAGGCCUUGAUCAAGACCAAUUCCUCAUUUCCAAUUUCAUUUCAGUUGCCAACACACUUUCCACUUCCUCUAUCUUCUAUUCCACCGCCGUCUUCAACUGUGUUCUUAACCCCUCCACCUUCCUUUGGAACACACUCAUCAGAACCCAAUGUCAAAACAGUUUCUUUUCUUACACCCUCGAUUCUUUUGUUCGCAUGAAAGCAGAGGGAGCUUUUCCCGACGGUUACACUUACCCUUCUGUCAUUAAAGCAUGUAACGGAACAUGCAAGGUUUUUGUAGGAAAAUCGGUUCAUGGCUCGGUGUUGAGGUGUGGUUUGGAACAGGAUGUGUAUGUGGGUACAACUUUGAUUGAUAUGUAUGGUAAGUGUGGGGAAAUUGGCGAUGCUCGUAAGGUGUUUGAUCGAUUGUCUGACAGAAAUGUGGUUUCUUGGACUGCUAUGGUUGUUGGGUAUGUUACUAUUGGGAAUUUGGUUGAGGCAAAGAAAGUGUUUGAUGAAAUGCCGAUCAGGAAUGUAAAUUCAUGGAAUGCUAUGAUUCACGGUUUUGUCAAAGUUGGAGAUUUGAGUAGUGCUAGGGGUGUGUUUGAUUCUAUGCCGAAAAAGAAUGUAGUUUCUUUUACGACUAUGAUCGAUGGAUAUGCUAAGGCUGGUGAUAUGGCAGCGUCGAGGUUCUUAUUUGAACAAGCUGCGGAAAAGGAUAUUGUUGCCUGGUCUGCUUUGAUAUCGGGGUAUGUUCAGAAUGGUCAGCCUAAUCAGGCGUUGGAGGUUUUUCAUGAGAUGGAAUCAAUGAAUGUGAAACCUGAUGAGUUCAUAUUGGUUGCCUUGAUGUCGGCUACUUCUCAAUUGGGUCAUUUAGAAAGGGCUAAAUGGGUUGAUUCUUAUGUAAGCAACAGCUCCGUUGAUGUUCAACAAGACCAUGUGAUUACAGCACUUGUGGAUAUGAAUGCAAAGUGUGGAAACAUGGAGAGGGCAUUUAAAUUGUUUCAAGAAAUGCCUAGAAGAGAUUUAGUCUCAUAUUGUUCGAUGAUUCAGGGGUUUUCAAUUCAUGGGCAUGGGGAAGAUGCUGUGAAACUAUUUGAUAUGAUGUUGAAGGAAGGGAUAAUUCCAGAUGAGGCGGCCUUCACAAUUGUCCUGACAGCUUGUAGUCAUUCUGGGCUUGUUGAUAAGGGUUGGAAUUACUUCAACUCCAUGAAGGAACAUUAUGGCAUUAGUCCCACACCUGAUCACUUUGCAUGUAUGGUUGAUCUUCUAGGCCGGUCCGGGCAAUUAAGGGAUGCUUAUGAACUUAUAAAAUCAAUGCAUGUGGAGCCUAAUGCUGGUGCCUGGGGUGCACUUCUUGGAGCAUGUAAACUAGAGGGUGAUUCAGAGUUAGGAGAGACUGUUGCUAAUCGACUUUUUGAACUUGAGCCUCUAAAUGCCGCUAACUAUGUGGUGUUGUCUAACAUUUAUGCAGCAGCAGAGCGAUGGAAAGAUGUUUCCCUCGUGAGAACUACGAUGAAGGAAAGAGGAGUGUGUAAGAUACCUGCUCUCAGUAAACUUUAGUCCAAUUCCGAGUUAUUUUGGUUCCAUAUAUGCGAUGGAAAGACGUUUCCCUCGUGAGAACUACGAUGAAGGAAAGAGGAGUGUGUAAGAUACCUGUGGAUGCCAACUGCCGAGGAUUUGUAUGCACACAGUCCAUUGUUGAUGCAGUUAACAUUCAUUAUAUUUUGAAUACAUCUAGUAGAAGUUUUAUGAUGUUGGGGACAGAUUAAUUUGAUUUCUUCAUGAUUGUGAAUAGAAGAUUAUUGAAACAGAUUGUAACAUGCCAAUGGGAUCUCUAUUUAUGUUAUGAUUCAAAAUGACAUAUGAGACAAUACACCAAGCAACAUAGAAUUAGUUAUGGAAAUGGAACAAAUGGCAAUUGAUUUUAAAAUCAAGGAAUCUCUAACAGAAAAUAUUCAUUGGUAGUGAAUAAAUAAAUAAAUAGAGCAAUGAUUGUCAAUGAUUAAUUAGUAUGUAGAAAAUUGAUGAAAAUUCCCUUCACUGCUUCAGUCUAUGUGCAAAGGAACGCCGUCUGUAACUGGGUUCCCUUCUAUUAAUUUUACCUUUCAUAUUGUUCUCUCCAAUUUCAUAUCCUUGG